AUGGUGCGCAAUGUGGAUGACCUGGACUUCUGCCUGUCCUCUCAUCCUCAGAGCAUCCUCGAGGGCCUGCGCUCUCUCUGCUCUCACCCUAAACUAGUGGAUGUUACUCUGAGUGCAGGUGGUCGGGACUUCCCCUGUCACCGCAGCGUGUUGGCCCUCUGCAGCACAUACUUCCGCUGCAUGUUCUCAGGAGACUUUGUGGAGAGCAUUGCUGCACGUGUUGAGCUGCAGGAUGUUGAACCAGAUAUACUCAGCAGUUUGCUGGACUUUGCUUACACGGGCAAACUGACCAUUAACCAGAGCAAUGUGGAGGGGUUGAUCUGCACAUCCAGUCAGCUGCAGUUCCAGACAGUGAGAGCUGUGUGUAGCAGAUACCUGCAGCACCAGAUUGAUGCAACAAACUGCCUGGGGAUCCUGGAGUUUGGGGCGAUUCAUGGCUGCCCUGAGGUGAUGGCCAAAGCAUGGGCCUUCCUCUUGGAGAACUUUGAAGCUGUGCAACAAGGUGAGGAGUUUCUGUUGCUGGAAAAAGAUAGACUGGUUGCAUGUCUGUCAGAUGAAGGACUACAAAUCCGGUCCGAGUGCACUCGUGUGGAGGCCAUUCUGACGUGGGUCAGGCACCAUGCAGAGUCUCGGCUGUGCCAUCUUCCUGAGCUCCUCACCUUGUCUCGUCUCUGUCUGCUCAGCCUGGACUACCUGUCUGACUCCCUGCUGAAGGACAGUCUGGUGCAGGCCUCUCCCAGCUGCAGAGAGGCUGUGGAGAAAAUUCAAAGAGAGGUCAGUGAGUUCAUACUUUCUUCUUCUCCUCUUGUUUUCCUCCCUUUUCUUGUGUUUAUUCAAUUUAAGUGGAUUUCGUAAAACAAUUAUGACUUUCACUCUUCAGAAAAUGGAGUCAGCGCCAGAAUACAUGGACAGACUUGACGCUCAGAGUCCACAGCCAAACCUGCAGGAGGUGCUCUUUGUGAUGGGAGGUCGUUCACUAGAUGACUCAGAUGAUGAAGAUUCAGAUGAAGAUGAGGAAAGAGACCCAAGACUGCAAAGACUGCUGCUCAGGAACUGUGCCUUCUACAACACUAAGACAAGUAAAAACCUUUUUUUCCCCUCACAUUUAAAGUUCGUCCAAAAACAGUCAUUUUUACAGCAAAAUUCUGAGGAACAAUCUGCCCAUUAAUUCACAGAUGAUUUAAAGACCUUUAAAUUCAGAGUUUAAAUGACAGCUCUACAAGACUGCUGCCUGGGUGUGACAGUUUUAUAUAAUCUUCUCAGUUCCUCCAUGAAGCAUUUUAGAGUUAGAAGAGUCAUUUAUAUGUGUGUGGUUCUUUUAAGAGGUUUCAGUGUGAAUGCCUUCAUAGGGAUGUGGUUAUGGUCCAGAAUUUUGUGUCAAAUGGAAUUAAAGUAUCACCAAAGUCCUGCAGUCCUUUGACCUACCAUCUAUGAGCUAAGCAUAUGGGGCACGUACAAUCCAACUGAUGUCAGCUUGCAACUGUAUCACAUAAGCCACUACAGCACUAUGUGAGGAACGAUACAGUGUUGGGAAAAAAGUUUGGAAUAUUUGUCAAUUCAACCCCAGCCUCGUGUUUAACGCGGUCUGCUGCUUUCUGGAGAAUUAUUCAAAGACUUUUUAAUGUUCCCUGGUCUCUGUGAUAUGUUUUUGAAAUUCACAUCAAACUAUUUUGUUUCUCAAAAAAUUGUAGGGCGGAAACCUCAUGAUUCACAAAAAGCCAUAGAAAUAACGCAUAAAAUCAUGAGUCGGUAUUUAAUAAAUAUACGGCUGUAAUUUUAAAUUGCCACAAAAUACGUGGACCAUCUUUGAAAGCAACAUCAAACAUAACAAGACGAUAACAACAAUACAGUCAGUACUUUGUGUGACCGCCUCUAGCACUGUACAAUGCGCGUACACGUCUGGGCAUGCUGGUCACUAGGUUGGUAAGAGUUUCAACCGGGAUUUCUCGCCAGCAUUGGAUCACAGCCUGAGUCAGUUCAGCCACAUUUGUUGGAGGAUCAUUCACGUUACACGAAACACUGAAGAAAAUAUUCCAAACUUUUUUCCAACACUGUAAUUUCAUACACACAGAACAUAAGGUAAACAGAAAAGGAAGCCAAACUUGAACUACUGAAAAGUGCAAAACUGCAUUAACCAGGGAUCAUUGGAUGCCACUGGGCAAUCUAAGGUUUCUUGCAAUAACUGCACACCAUAUUGACACUAACUGCACAUCUUGCACAUGCACUCCUGCAUAUUUUUCUGUUUAGUGUUAUUCUUUAAAAAGAAUAAAAACAAACACUGCAUUUCACAGAAUAAUCACUUUGUAGACGCCUCCUCACUGUAAGUCAUGGUUUUAGAUCAGUCUGCUGCAGCAUUUGUUGAAAUAUUAGAUCCAAAAGAUCCCUCACCCCAAGGACUUCAACCACUACGGGCCAUUGGUACUGACCGACUGGCCACAGUUUGUGAGGGCUUGUGACUAUGUGUCUGACACUUUAGGGGACAGUUUUGGCUCCCUUCCUUUUUACCCCUUUACACUGCAAACUUCACCCACCACACAACAAGCUGCCACCUGCAGAAGUUCUCAGAUGAUUGUUGGCCUCAUAACCAAUAAUGACAAGAGGGAGUACAGAGAACAGAACCAGAACUCUGUGGACUUUGUGGUGUCAGCUGAACUUCCUCCAGAUCAACACUGGAAAGAACAAGGAGCUGGUGGUAGAUUUCCACAGGCCCAGACCCACCCCUCCCACACAGGUGAACACUCAAGGGAAGGACAUUGAGAUUGUGGACUCCUGCAAGUACCUGAGUGUUCACCUGAACAAUAAACUGGACUGAACUGACUCCACCUACUGAGGAAACAGAGGUCUUUUGGAGUUUUCCUGAGGUCCUUUUAGGACUCUGUAGUGGCCUCAGCCAUCUUCUCAGAAGUGGUCUGCUGAAGGAGCAGCAUCAUGACUGCAGACAGGAACAGACUGAACAAACUGGUGAGGGAGGCUAGCUCUGUCCUGGGCUGCCCUCUGGACCCUCUGGAGGUGGUGGGGGACAGGAGGAUGAUGGCUAAGCUAUCAUCUCUCAUGGACAAUGUUUCCCACCCCCUGCAGAGCACUGUAACAGCUCUGUGCAGCUACUUCAGUCACAGGCUUCUUCACCAGCGCUGUGUGACAGAGAGAUACCACAAGUCCUUCUUUCCUGCUGCUGCAGUCAGACUGUUUAACCAGGCCUGCUGCCAGUAGUCCAGGUUUUUGAGCACAACUAACAGACAGUAUCUCAAUGCUACCUCAAUGUACAAUAUUGACAGACUAGAUAUUUAUUACAAUUGCAAAUACCUACAUAUUUCUUAGGUAUAAUAACCCAUUAAUGUGUACAAUUCGUUUUUGUUCACUGUGUAGAACUAUUUUUAGUUUUUGGUUGUGUUUGCUUUUUUCUCUUUUUAUAUACAACUUUUUUUGUAUAGGUCUAAGUAAACUCUUUAUAAUUAUCUGUGCACUAUGAGCAUGAUGAAUGUACUUAUUCUUCUGUGUUUGCCAUGCUGAUACUUAUGCUGCUGUUACACAUCCUUCUGCUGCAAAUUUCCCCACUGUGGGAUGAAUGAAGAUUUACCUAAUCUUACCUCUUAUCUUAAAGUCAAAAUAUCAGCAGUACAGUAAAACUAGCAAAAUCAGUUCCAAACAAAGGUCUUAACUUUUUUGUGGAGGGAUUUAUUUGAAUGUUUCGAUUUAAGUGCAUGGACAGAAAAUGUUCUUCUGAUUUAUUUUUCUUAAUCCUGACAUCCUUGGGACUGAAACUUGGACAUUAUUCUUGAAAUUUCUGCUUCAUUCUUGAAAUUCUUGGUUAAAGAAAGACCUUUCUUCCCUCUUUUGUUUUUCCUGUGCCUGGCUUUCAAACUCUUGCAUCCCUCUAUCUAUUUUAGUUUCCCUUGCUCUCUAAAUAACACCCCAACAGUAACUUCUUUCUCUUUGUCUCCUGCAGAACAGUGGCAUGAGCUCCCUAAUUUCCCCAACCCUAACAAGUGGGGUUUCUCCAUGGUCUCCCUGAACAAUGAAGUGUAUGUCACAGGUGAGCCAAACAUACACAACUCUAUAAAUGCAGAGAGAAAGAAGAGAACAAGUGAUGAUAAAUGAUUCUGAGCAGGAGUCACUGUGAGUCUUGUGAGGAAUGUAAAACAGACUUCUGACAAAGUGCUUUUGUCUGCCUGACAGGGGGCUCACGAGGUUCAAAUACCAACACCUGGUCCACCACAGAGACCUGGAAGUACAUCACAAGAGAAGGCAGGUGGGUUACUGUGGCACCCAUGCUCCGGCCUCGCACUAACCACACAUCAGCAACACUCAACGGAGAGAUUUACGUCAUUGGAGGUAAGAAAAUAAAUACAGUCGUGUAUGUGGCUUUAAACCUGCAGCUCAACAGAAAACUUAGGCAGGUCAUGUCCACAGUCUCUUUCCUCAGUGAAAAUCUGCUGCAAUAUUGUAACAGGAACCUUUUAAUUUAAGUGUUAACAAUAAUAACAUUGUAACUCAAACUCAUCACUCUUCUCUGACAUUCUUACCCCUGUAGGUACGACAGCAGAUCGGGUUGAGGUUGAGCAUUAUGACCCUUACAGUGACACCUGGGCCUUGUCGUGUCCUGCCCUAAAAUAUAUGACAAACUUCACAGCUACAGCAUGUCACGGGAAGCUCUAUGUGAUUGGGUCAUGUGCUGUGAAGUACAAUGCUUUAACAAUGCAGUGUUACAACCCUGUUAUAGGUAAGGAUACUUACCUAUAAGUUUGUGAGAUUUGAAUGGUUGCUAUCCUCUCUGGUGCAGAAUGAGAUCUUUUUGCUGCUUCUAUCAAUGACUUAUCUGCUAUUUAAAGUAUUUGGACCACAUCUCAGCUGCUUCCUUGAACUUUUUUGGAAAUAUUAGAGAGAUCAGCAGAUGUCCACAGCAUGAUCUUUAUCUAGGGCCUACAAACCUUUAUAAUGUGCAACAAAGGAACUGGAAUCAGAGAUUGGAUGCCAAAACUUUGGUUUGCCUAUUGAUUUUGUUUUGAUGUCCUCUUUACAGACAACUGGAGCAGCAUAUGUUCACCCUUUAUUCCUAAGUAUUUGUCCUCUCCCCGGUCUGUCUGUGUGGACGGGACUAUCUAUCUCCUUGCUGACAACACUAAGAAAGUUUACUCUUAUGAUCCAGAGGCAAACAUAUGGCAAAAGGUAAGUUUAAGAUAUGACUGACUGAUGCGAUAAAACUACGUUUAUCUCAUGUAUGGGUGGUAGUUUGGAAAUUUAUAGCAUAAAUAAUCAGUUUUAUGACCAUAUUAUUCUACCUUGAGCCUUGUGUUGACUUUUCUCCUUUAGGUCCAGCUUCUCCACAUGCUCCAUGAGAAUGGCGGCCUGGUAACAUUAGAUGGCAAGCUGUUUGUCACUGGAGGCCAUUGGAAAGGUAUGGAGGGGGACUAUGGGGUGGAAGUAGAGAUUUACAACCGAGCGUCCAACACCUGGGAGGUGGAGUGUUUCCUGCCAAGGCUUUGGUUUUACAGCGGAGUCUGCACCAUCUUCCUUGAUCCAUCCCAUUGGCCUGAGCUCUUCCCCAUAGAUUCAACAUAA